GACGCCGCGCAUGCGCAGGGGCUGUGGCCUGCGGGAAGCCAAGAUGGCGUAUACGUGUGUUUGGGGCCGCAGUUGGCGUGUUACCAGUAUCUGAGCCGGUAGUUUGUAAGGGGCUGUGGCAAACGCCCUCUCCGCUGUCAUGGCCCGGCAUCGGAAUGUCCGAGGUUAUAACUACGAUGAAGAUUUUGAAGAUGAUGACCUCUAUGGCCAGUCUGUAGAGGAUGAUUAUUGUAUUUCGCCAUCAACAGCUGCUCAGUUUAUUUACUCACGACGUGACAAACCUUCAGCUGUUGAACCCGUAGAAGAAUAUGAUUAUGAAGAUUUGAAAGAAUUCUCCAGUUCUCUUGUGAAUCAUCAGCUAAGUGGAAUUGAUCAAGCUCGUCUUUAUUCAUGCCUUGAUCACAUGAGAGAGGUACUUGGAGAUGCUGUGCCAGAUGACAUAUUGAUUGAAGCAGUUCUGAAGAACAAGUUUGAUGUGCAGAAGGCUUUGUCAGUGGUUCUGGAGCAAGAUAAAGUGCAGAAUUUGAAAGUCAGGAGUGAGGGAGCAAUAUCUACAGGAAAGAUAGCAAAAGGAGUCUUAUUAUCUUCCUCUGAAGUUUCAGCUGAUAAUGUUCACAGCUCUUGUCCUCAGUCUGCAAACCAUUUGGAUUGCAGCAGCAAAUCCUUUGAUUUUUCUGGCCCAGUAGCAAAAUAUGGAUUAUAUCAUAAUUCCUCUGUUAUACCAAGUCACUAUUUACUCCAUAAAAAAAAGAAACUUGACAGACCUAAAAGUGAAAAGAAACUAGAAUCAUGUAAGUUAACAAAAGAGCUGUCCCUAGCUGACCUAAUCAAUGAUAUGCCAAGAGAUUCUUAUAAAAGUCAGCCAUCAGUCAGAUUACCACCCACAGGUAGUGUGGAGAGUCUACCUUCAAAGAGUCUAGAUGGUGAUUUGUUAAGACCUCAUGUGUCUGAGUGUAUUUCCAAAGAUGAUUCUGCCUUCAAAGGCAUACCAGAUUUAAAAUCCUUAAUGAUAAAAAACACAGCACCUAAUAACUCAUCAACUAUUCAGAAUGAUUCAGUACCUGAUUUGCAAAACAUUCCAGUACAGAACAGUUUAGGAAGUUUAAAUAAUCCUUCAUUGGAAAAUAUGGCUCUUGAUAAUUUAAAUGCUAGUAAAACGACUGAAGUUGGAAUUGUUUCUUCAGUUGAACAAAGUAAUAAGAAUUGCAUAUUAAAGAGUGACAACUUGCAGUUUUCUCAGUGUGAAAGUCCAUCCCUAGCUGAACUGUUUGAGGAACACAAAAAAAACAAUCCAAGCCAGUGCUUUACUUUACCUGAUUUUUGUCACCAACCAUCUUCCAGUUUCACAGAUCUCAGUUUGGGAUCUUUUCCCUUGUCACAACUAGCAAAUCGGUAUCCGUCUUCAACUGGAAUAUCAGAGUUAACAGGAUCUCUAUCAUCUUUGGCAUUUUGUAAAGCUUCUCCGACAAGAGACCUUGAGAAUUUGUCACUUUCUGAUUUGAUUGCAGAAACGAUUGAUAUAGACAGCCCUCAGAUUAGGAAAGAUUCCUGUAUGCUCAGUUUAUCUGAAAUGAGGUCACCUGGAAUAGACUCAAAUAUUGAUCUUAGUGUCCUCAUAAAAGCCCCAGAUUUUGUUCCCAAACCUGUAGUAGACCAAUCAGUUGCUCCAAUACCAGAAACUAAAGUUCUAAGUUCAAAAUUAGGGAAAAAUUCCAAUUCUGCUAAGGAUAAUAAGAAAAACAGUAAAAGCUCUCUGCCUAGGAAACCGCCUUUUUCUCUCUCUUGGACCAAGGCCCUUGCUGCCAGACCUUCAGCUUUCGCUUCAACCCUGUGUCUUCGUUACCCAUUGAAAAGCUGCAAGCGACGUACCUUUGAUCUCUAUAAGGCUUUUCUUUAUAGUAGACAAGUCCAAGACGUAAAAGACAAAGAAAUAAGUCCUCUUAUAGCAAUAACACCGUUUGACUUCAAAUCAGCAUCUCCUGAUGACAUUGUGAAAGCUAAUCAAAAGAAAGCUUUUACUAGAGAAUAGUAACAAAAGGAAAACUUGCUAACUGUUGUAGAGCUUUUUCUUUUAAAUUAAUUUAAUUUUAAGCUUUUAUAGGGUUACUUUAUAUUAUGGGAUUUAAGUUGUGAAAUUUAUAUUAAAAUUGUCUUAAGUCAGUUGAUAAAUUUAGUGGAUACAUGCUUUUGCACUGAAAUUUCUUUUUACUAUAUCUUUUAGUGAUAACUGGCUUUAAGUUGAUAGCCUGUAAUAGGUGUAUGUUUACAAAGUGCUUAUGGUAACUUGAUAUUGUGAAAUCAAACCUCAGCUAUUUUUGUUUAAAGCAUUCAGCUUUGAAAAUUUUUAUGAUGAGACAUUUUCUUUUAUAAAAUAUUUUUGUGCUUUGUUCUUAAAUGAAAAUGCCACCACUUGGGAUUAGUAUAGUUUAGUGAUAAAGAUUUUUCUUGUGAUAUAUGGCAUAGCAUAGCCAAGACAGUAUUAUAUUUUGAAAUAUUAAUGAAAUCAUUCCAAGUUUCAUUAUUUUUCUGCCAGUGAAUACUAAAACUUUUCUAUUAGAAAAUCUUAAAAUUCCUAACUUUUAAGAAUACUGUUAGGUUGUUGAAAUAACGUUUUUCAUGAUAAUAAAAUAUAAAUCCUUUUAAGGGACCAUGUACAUAUUGAAGAUGGAUUAAUACAUAAUUUAUUUUUAUACAUUUACAAAACCAUUUGUCCUAAAUGAACACUUUAAAAUAAAUAUGUAGAAGGUCUUUUCAAGUAUGGUUGCAUGUUCCUUGAGUAAUCUACCAGAUCUCUUUCAUGUUUUUUUUUUUUUUUUCUUUUUACUAUAAGUAAUGAAGUGUGGACUUUAACUUUUUGCUACUGACAGCUCUGUGUACUAUAAUGACAAAGUUUCAGCAGUAGUUGACCUAGUAAGAUCUCUUCUAGUGAGUAGAGCAAGUAGGUAAUUCAUCUCUUAAAGCAGUCGUCCUCAACUAGCAGUCAGAAUCACUGGGGAAAUUAUUUUCAAAAUGUAGCUAUUGUGACUUCACUCCAGACAUGGCGAGUCAUUUCUGAGGGAUGACAUUUGGAAAUGUGUAUUUUCAGGAUGGUCCCCAGUUAAUUCUGAUGGGUUACUUCUACUUGAGAAUCGCUCCCUUAAAGAAAUCAGUAGAAUGAAAGGAAUUACUAAUGCUAGGAAUAACACCUGGCCAACUUGAAUUUUUAAUUUGUAUUUUCUAGUAAUUAGGAAUACCAAGGAAUAUUGCAGAUUAGGAAUUAGCACCUUUUUUGUUAGAAGAUAAUGUUAUUAGUUAUUUCUUGCAGGAAAAAAGUAGUCUAUAAAAUGUUGUUUCUUAAUGAGAACAAAAUAGCUAUAUUUUCCCAGUCAAAAAUAUUUUCUCUGACUACUACUUUAAUCUGUGUUUGAUAAUUUUUUAAAAUAUUUCUUGUUUCUGUUUAUUUUCAGAAUGACAUCCCAAUAACCCAAUAUUUUUAGUUGUAUAUGAUGUUUUUAUAUCCAGUGUUUUGGUGGGAAAGCUUAAGCCAGCCUUAUGUCCUUGUUGUUCUUGACUAAACACUUUGUGAUAUCUUCACUUUUUGUUUCUAACUGCAGAUUUCAGUGCGUAUCCUACUGAUGCUUAGAUCAUAUGAAUUACAAGUUAUAUUUUGUGAUCAGUUUUGAAGUUUGAAUUACCCCAACUGCUGAUUUUGUUUUUCUAGUCUUGAACUUUAAUUGGAUAUUUUAGUAAUUUUGAACUAUUAGUCUAUGACUCAUCAACUAGAUUUAUAUACUGUAGGCAGUCUCCAGUUUAGAAGUGAAUUGUAUUCCAAGUGUUUGUUUAGAACUGACAAUAAUUCUUGAUAGAUUAAAUGCUGCCCAAGUGGUCCCUUUGCACAUAAAUCCACAAAUACAUAUUUAAUCCAUAUUGAAAUCGAACAGCAUUACUUUUAUAUUAUCUUUUAUAACAAACUAAUUUUCAAGUGGAAAUACAAUACUUUAAAGCCAUAUAGUAGAUCUUGUAGCGUGAACUAGAUCUCCCUUUGUUGGAUGAUCAGGAUUGUGACUUCUAUUUAUGAUGUUAUGAUUUUAGGGGAAAAAUAUUCUAUAUUACAAGGUGAUAGGGAAGGUAACAAUUUUUAAAUAGGUCUCUGUAUUUCUGUUGUGAUGGCUACUGGUCCGUCAGGCACAUACUGACAGGCACUUGCCCCAUUGACUAAGCAAGUGUCACAAUCUCUGAGAUUCAGAGAGUGGAACCAAGAAGACCCACUGUCCCUUCUGUCUUUGGCCAUUAGCCUUUGGUAAAGAGACCCCAUGGACUGUACCCUAUCAGACUUCUCCGUCCAUGGGAUUUUCCAGCAAGAAUACUGGAGUGGGUUGCCAUUUCCUUCUCCAGGUGGUAAAGAGACUAGUGCCUGCUUAUUCAUGGAUAUUUUCCUAGUGAGGACAGUUGCUUGCACUAAGUGCAUCUUCUGCACCAGCUGCUGUUUACUGAUUGACUGCUGUCUUGGUAGCUCAGGUAUGCUAAGUGUUUUUGGUCCGUUUUCCAAGUGCAGAGCCAUUUUUAUUUGUGUUAUGCUCAAAUAUUAAUAGUAUACUUUAAGAAUAGAAAUAAUGAUGUAAUUGUAUUCUAAAUGAUACAAAAUACAAGAUGUUUGAAAUGA